CCUCACACUCCCUCCCCUUCCUCUUCCUCUCGUCGUGAAGCCUCGUUCUCUCUUUCUAUCUAUCUCUCUCUCUCCGUAUAUUAUAAUAUCCUAUGACGUUGACAUUGGAUAGGCCCUGCGCUCCUCUCGUCGCGAUCGCCAUCGCCAUCGCUCUCGCCGCCCCGCCCCGAUCGCGAUCCCUCCAAUGGCGGAGUCCGCGCCCGAGGCCGAGGUGGGGGUUGGGAGGGUCUCGGGGGCCCUCGUGGCCGUAGCGAGGGAGAUCUCCGCGGUGGGCGGCGGCGCCGCAGCCGAGAUCGGGGCCGAUCGCCUCCGCCUCGCCCGUAAGGUCUCGCUCCUCUCCCACCUCCUCGAGGAGAUCGCGGGUUUCGCCGCCCGGGGAGGCGGGAUCCCCGCGGCGGCGGCGGCGGCGGAGGGGGAGGCUUCGUCGUCGACGUCGUCCUCGGCGGCGGCGGCGGAUCCGGUGGCGCGCUUGGAGGAGCUUCUGGUGGCGCUCGAGGCGGCUAAGCGGCUCCUCCUCGUCGGCCGCGGAUCCCCACUUCCUCCUUCGGAGAACGCCUCUGAUACGGAGGGAAAGAAUAUUGCUGUACAGUUUCAAUAUGUGACGUGGUUGUUGGAGAAAGCUCUUGCAGAACUGCCGUAUGAGUACUUUGAAAUUUCAGAUGAAGUCCAAGAACAGGUUCUACUGGUGUGUGCACAACUCAAAAGAGCAACAGAGAAAAAUGGGAUUCCAGAUGCCGAACUAUUUCCGGAAAUUCAUGACUUAUUAUCUUGCUAUGAGAAAGAACUCAAACAGCGAGCAGCAAAUGAGUCCGAGACAUUGCAGAUAAAGAAUAUUGUAGAUGGAAACCAUGAUCUCCGCGAAACUGUUAUGUUGAUUGCAAAAAUAAAUGGGAAGUCUAACGAAGUUGUUGAGGAGCUAACAUCCUUUGUAAUCGAAAGGCUUGAGAAGGCUAAAACCACCAAUUCUUUGAAAUUUGUGGGACCCGAUUGCGAUGUAGUAAAGAAGACCUCGGAGGAAGAUAAGAAAUCCGAAUCUCUAGUCAUUCCUGCAGAUUUCCUUUGUCCAAUAUCUCUGGAGCUGAUGAGGGAUCCAGUUAUCGUAUCCACAGGACAGACUUAUGAGCGCUCUUUCAUUCAAAGAUGGAUUGACUGUGGAAACAGGACCUGCCCAAAGACUCAACAGAAGCUCCAAAACCUCACACUGACCCCUAAUUAUGUGUUAAGAAGCUUAAUAAUGCAGUGGUGCGAAGAAAAUGGUAUCGAGCAGCCAUCCAGAGCAACCACCGGAUGGAUCAGAAAGAGCGAUGGCUCUUUCCAAGAGGUCAGCGGCGACAGAGCCGCCAUUGAAGCCCUAGUUCGCAACCUCUCCAGCUUAUCAUUAGAAGAGCGAAAAUCUGCCGCCGCCGAAAUAAGAUCCUUAGCAAAAAGAAGCACCGACAACCGAAUACUGCUUGCAGAAGCCGGAGCCAUUCCUGCCCUGGUCUCUCUCUUAUCAGUAAAAGACCAAAAAACCCAAGAACAUGCAGUGACCUCUCUCCUCAACCUCUCUAUAUACGACCACAACAAGGAACUAAUAGCUCUAGCCGGCGCUAUUCUCCCUAUUAUCCAAGUCCUUAAAUUCGGUAGCAUGGAGGCGAGAGAAAAUGCAGCAGCAGCAAUUUUCAGCUUAUCCCUCAUAGACGAGAACAAGAUAAGUGUUGGUAGCACACCGGGUGCAAUCGAUGCAUUGGUUGAUCUGCUACAAAGCGGCAGCGCGAGGGGGAGGAAGGAUGCUGCGACCGCACUGUUCAACCUGUGUAUUUACCAGGCAAACAAGGUCAGGGCGGUUCGGGCUGGGAUUCUUAGCCCGUUAGUGACGAUGCUUCAAGACUCGGCAAACAACGGGGCGAUAGAUGAAGCAUUGACUCUACUGUCGGUUCUUGUGAGCCACCAAGAUUGUCGAGUGGCUGUAACUAAGGUGAACACUAUUCCUAUUUUGAUAGACUUGCUGAGGUCGGGACAGCCACGAAAUAAGGAGAACGCAGCGGCUAUAUUGCUUGCUCUGUGCAAGAAGGAUAGUGAGAACCUCGCUUGCAUAGGGCGGCUUGGUGCGCUUAUUCCGCUCACCGAGCUCACAAAGACCGGCACGGACCGCGCCAAGCGCAAAGCUACUUCUCUUUUGGAGCAUCUUAGUAAGCUGAAGGUGCUCUGAAGGAAAUCUCAGCUUUUUUUUUUCUUGUUCCCUUUUUUUUUUUUCAUUCACCGAGAUCUUUCGGUACAUUAUUUGUGAUCGUGGAGCAAUUUUAUCGGCUUUCCGUCCAUUUGUUUUCAUUCUUUGCGAACUUGCAUGAGAUUGAUCUCCAUUUGUAACCUUCCAUUGAUUGGUAACUGUUGAUGAAAAGUUGAAGUUAUUGCAAUUUGCAUGUACCCUAUUGUGGAUAUUUACAACAUAGCAAUUCUUUAUAACAAUCAUGUCCUCUUUGGAGCUUCCCAUGA